CAUACUAGAUUAGUCGUUUGUUAUUGCUGCAUAAGAAGACAAAUAUAAUCAUCUAUAGUUCUCUUUUUUUCUAAAAGACUUCAGACAGUUAUCGACACACCUUUGUUUCCAAAGACAGUUGUCGUCUGUGGACUGAAAGGUCGUAAGGGAGUCUGCUUAGUAUAAAUAUGGUUACACGAGAGGAAUCCUAGAGGUUAUUUCGGUCCGUCGAUGAUCUGACUUAUUACCACUGGAGUGUAUAUAUUGUUCCUCAAAACGAAAGUAAAUUAUUGCAAAUAUGGUUUUCGGGAAUGAAGCUUUUGCUUUGCAAAGGCGGAUUUUGUUUCUAAAGAUUUGAUUAUUCUUAAAACAACAGACAAGAAGAAAUGGCAGAAGGAGGAACUACAAACACAGGUGAUUUUUCAUCAGAUGAGGACUAUGCAAACGUACUUCAAAAAUUGGACCAGUUUAAAGCUACUGGAGGUUUUGAUGAUUUUGAUGCAUCUUUAAUAAACGCAAGAAUAGACGAGGCUAACGUAUUCCGUAAAAUGGACCAAUUUGGAGUUCCCGAAGGGUUUGAUGACUUUGGUGGUACCAGCAAGUACAGUGACCAAAGUACUGAUGAAAACAGUGACAAUGAAACAACACUUUGGGAUGAAAUAAUAGAUGAUUCUUUAAAAAAUGCAGAUUUAAUAGACAAAGAUGGAAAUAAUAUUCUCCAUAAAUUGGUUCUAAUGGGAGAUGCCGAUAAUUUCGACAACUUUGAUAGUCAAAUAGACAAGCUUCUUUUUAAGAAAGGAAAAGAGUUCGUUAAAAAAGCUUUAAAGCAAAAAAAUAAUAUAGGAAAUACACCUUUGCUUGAACUUUUAAGAUGUGAAGAUAUGGAAUGUGUUAACAGAGAGGCCCUACAAAUCUUUUUACACGAAGACUAUGACUAUGAUAUCAACACUUCGAACAAUAUGAAAUUAGGUCCACUUCAUCUAAUAAUGUCAAAAGAAUUUUUGCCAAAUAUUUACGAGAAUGUUUCAUCCGCCACUGACAAACAACUGCUGGAUGGUUACAACGAAAAGAGAAAUAAGAUUGCAACAGUGUUACUGAAUGCUCGUGCAAAUGUUAACCAAAAAGAUAUUUUCGACCGUACGCCAUUGUUUUUAGCAAAUGCUACAAGUUCAGUUCAGCUUCUGAUAGACAAUGGUGCAGAUUUGAACAUAAACGAUAUAUUUGGAAGAUCAAUAUUACUUGCAGCUGUAUCUAUGGAAAAUCAUAAACAACUUUCUCAGUAUUAUAUCGAAACAAUGGACAAAGAACAUAUUCUACAUACUGAUGUUUAUCAAUCAACAUUAUUUCACUACGUUGCGAUAUUGCAGAAAGAAUUGGACACGUGUGAUUACCUAGAACGUAAAGAUAGAAAAGGUUGGGAUAACUUUGAAUGUAAAGAUAUUAAAGGACAUGCACCAUAUGAAGUUUCGAGAUUCCGGUUACAGUCUGAAAUCAAGAGAAUUCCGAAUAUCAAUAUCGAAUCCAUACAUUCGCUUUUAAAUAAGAGAGGAAUAGGAGCCCCAUGGGACUAUGACGAAAGUGAAGAUAUCAAACAAACUGUUAUAAAGUUUGCUGAAGAAUUGUGCAUAGCUAUCGGUGAAUUGGACGCAAGAUUGAAAUGCACUCUUCGAAGAUCAGGGAGUUCAGAAGAGGGAACAAAAGUAGGGGAUCCAAAUGAAUUCGAUUUUAUAUUUUGCUUGGAUGAAAUCCAGAAAUUGUGUAGCGUUAAGGAUUUGAAGAUGGAAAAAGAAUUUGUUGAACUUAGUGCUAACAUGGACAAUAAAGACAUCCCUCAGCCAUUUAAAAUGUUUUUUGGGGAUGAUGGGUUGUGUAAAAUAUCCGAGGUUCGAAUGGCAUUUUCUAGAGCGGUGAAAACAAUUGUUUUCGAUGAGAAGAUUUGGAAAUCAAAAAACGUUAUUUUUGGGAAGUUGAAAAAUUCUACUGAAUGUGACAAACCGGUGUUAACAAUGGAAAUAAAUUGGUUUGGAUGCUCUUACAAAGAUGAAGUUAUAAGUAUUGACCUCGUGCCAGCUAUCAGAAAAACAGAAUGGUGGCCUUCAAAUGGCGGAAGUUGUGAGUUGCUGAAGAAUGAAAGUAUCAAAGGGCAAGGAUGCUUAUUACUUUUUCAAACAACAGUAAUGGUACAGUCGGAAACACAUUUGAGAAUUUCCUGUUCACCAGCAGAGCUCAAGUUGUUAAAAAAUGUUUUACCGACAUAUUUUCUUGACGGUUAUCGUCUUUGUAAACUACUUUAUUUAUGGCUUAUAAAUACCCAUAGUUCGGAAGACAAGUAUAUUCAGGCCUGUAUAAAAAAUAAAUUGAUAACAAGCUACAUGUUCAAAAAUUGUCUCUUCUAUGUGUACGAAAAAUACAACAAGAAAGGCAUGCCUGUAGCAACCAGCAAUGAACAUGUAGCUAUAGUUGAUUUAGUAGGCGAUAUCCUAUUAUGUUUGCAGUCUUUUAACAAAAAUCAGACGUUUCCAGUAUUUUUCAUCCCCAGACGUGAAGACAUUUUCAUCAUCAAACCUUAUGAACAAAUUAAUCUCAUGAAGGAAUUUAAAGACAUCUUGAAACAUCAAUGCGAAACCCGUGCAAAUGUUAUAACGUAUAUGCUAAAGAUACAUGGUAGGGAAAAGUAACAUUGAAAACUGUUACAUUUAAAUGUACAUGUAUGUGAAAAAAGGCUCUUACUUUGUUUCAAGAAGCUCUUUUGUUUUGUAGUUUAUAUUUUUAACAUAGCUUUAUCAGUUUUGUACAUAUAUAAAGCAAAACCAUCUAAUGGAAUGUAGUGGAUGAAUCGUUUCUUUAAAUAAUGUAAGAAAUGUUUGUGCGACAAAAAAAAAUUACACGGUCCUACAGCUCGAAGUCUGAAUAACUGAAUGAAUUAAGUGAUGUGUAAGAAUGCAUAAACACACUUAUUUAUUUGCUGACUCUGUCAAAUAUGUAUUUAAGGAAUGAUGUCUACUGAAAACAUAAAAAAAUGUGGUGCACACUGAAUAACCCGUGUAGCGGGUUAUUACAAAAUGUGAAUCACAUUUUUUAUGCCCCACCUACGAUAGUAGAGGGCAUUAUGUUUUCUGGUCUGUGCGUCCGUUCGUCCGUUCGUUUGUCCGGCCGUCUGUUCGUUCGUCCGUCUGUUACACUUCAGGUUAAAGUUUAAGGUCAAGGUAGUUUUUGAUGAAGUUGAAGUCCAAUCAACUUGAAACUUAGUAUACAUAUUCCCUUUGAUAACAUCCUUCUAAUUUUAAUGACAAAUUAGAGAAUUUAUUCCAAUUUCACGUUCCAGUAAACAUAGAAAAUGAUAGUGCGAGUGGGGCAUCCGUGUACUGUGGACACAUUCUUGUUUUAUUAUGUUAUUUUGAAUAGACGGAAAAAAUUACAGUCAUUCCUUAUAAUUUAAUUAUAAAUUCUAAUCUUAGCCGGAGUAAAUCAUGAAAAAUUGUUGACGACUUUAUGGUCACAUGACAAAACUAUGUACUAUAUGGUUUGUCUAUCAUCCAAUCAGAGGACGCGUUACUUCCAAAAUUGAAUUCUUUAACGAUGAAAUAAAGUUUAAACAUGUCCAUUGAAACUACUGGCAAAAUUGAAAUCGAAUUUGCAUGAGUUUUACUUAGAGCGUACGCCCUAAAAAUAAUGUUCGAGCGAAUACUUUUGGAGUCACAUUUUAUUAUGUAUUUGAUUUUUAUCUUUAUUAUUAUUUUUAUCAUUACCCAGAUCUGAAUCAGGUGCUUCAUAUUGACACUUUGUCCAUUGUAGCUUAUUGACUUCAUGUUUGGUGUAAGUACAAAUAUAUAUGAUUGCAUUAUUGAGGGGGGAUAGGACCUUUAUCGGGA